AUGUCGCCUGCACCAUUCCUCUGUUUCUUAAUUGCCACUCAACUUUAUGCGGGUAUCGUCGCUAUAUCAAACACUACUCUUAACUCUACACAAACCACACAAAGUCUUGUUGAUUACUUAAAUGCGACCACACCAUCCCCAAUAUUCGAUUUCGAGGGAGAGAUUGCAAAAAUAAAUGUUAGCUUCCUGGCGUGCCAAGAUUACGAGCAGCUAUCGCGUGACUUAUUUCCGGAUUUUUUAGCUGGUCUCUUUAAUAAUAUUCUCAUCAAAAGUUCUCAUCGAGCCAUUGGCUUCCAGGAAUUGCGUUCCGUUCUCGGAUUUUCCUUGCCGGAUCUGUGGACAACCGAGUUUCGUCCGAGUAGAGAAGAUAUUGCAGCCGCCCCAUCAGUCGAGACGUAUUAUGAGUUGAGCGAAUUACGAAAACGGGGUUCAACGUUCAUAAGUGAUUGGUUUUUCGAGUCGCAACUACUUUCUGGAAUCGAAUUUUUGAACAGACAUUUACCAGUUGUUCGCACUAUCUACCGGAAGAAACUGGAAGAGAUUCGUCGUCCCACCGAUUUAAUUGUAGAUAGAGAAGAGAUUGAUUACAUGUUCGAAGUGCAUAGUGAACUCAGUUGGCGUAUAGACGACCGUAUAAGGAGAAUUCUUCGUUGCAACAACUAUAAGCAUGCCGAAAAAAGAAGAAAGACAGAGAAGAUUCCUGGUUUUUGA